UAGGUAUUCCUGUUGAAGAGGUGAAGGAGGUUUACAUGGGUAAUGUUUUGCAGGCAGGUGAAGGUCAGGCUCCAUCCAGACAGGCUGCAUUGGGAGCAGGUUUGCCACUCUCUACUCCUACUACAACAGUCAACAAAGUAUGUGCUUCUGGAAUGAAAUCUGUGAUGUUGGCAGCACAAAGUUUAAUGUGUGGCCAUCAGGAUGUUAUGGUUGCUGGUGGAAUGGAGAGCAUGUCCAAUGUUCCGUAUGUGAUGUCAAGAGAAGCACCGCCUUAUGGAGGCUUAAUGCUAGAAGAUUUGAUUGUUAAAGAUGGACUGACAGAUGUUUAUAACAAAAUUCACAUGGGAAACUGUGGUGAAAAUACUGCCAAGAAGUUUAGCAUUUCACGAGAGGAACAAGAUUCUUAUGCCAUUAGUUCUUACACCAGAAGUAAAGCCGCAUGGGACCAGAAAAAAAUAUCAAAUGAAAUUGCUGCUGUCACCAUUGCCCAGAAAGGCAAGCCAGAUAUUGUAGUGGCUGAAGAUGAGGAAUAUAAGCGUGUCGAUUUCAACAAAUUUCCCAAACUGAAACCCGUGUUUCAAAAAGACAGUGGCACCAUCACAGCUGCUAAUGCCAGCAAGUUAAAUGAUGGAGCAGCUGCUUUGGUUCUCAUGACUGCAGAGGCUGCCAAAAGACUUAAUGUCACACCACUGGCAAGAAUUCUAGCUUUUGCAGAUGCAGCUGUUGAUCCUAUAGAUUUUCCUGUUGCUCCUGCAUAUGCUGUACCCAAGCUUCUUAAAGCUGCUGGUUUGAAAAAGGAGGAUAUUGCAAUGUGGGAGAUAAAUGAAGCCUUCAGUGUUGUGGCUUUGGUGAACAUCAAAAUGCUUGAAAUUGAUCCACAGAAAGUUAACAUCAAUGGCGGAGCGGUCUCUCUUGGACACCCAAUUGGAAUGUCUGGAGCAAGAAUUGUUGGUCACAUGGCCCACACCCUAAAGCCAGGACAGUAUGGUCUUGCUGGAAUAUGUAACGGAGGAGGUGGUGCAUCUGCAAUGCUUAUUCAGAAACUCUGAGAUUUUACAGUACUGUAAUUGUUCCAAGGCAAAAAAAAGUGUCAUUGGUGCUCAGAAUUGCCUUUCUGAUACUAAACUUCAAUACGAUUUGUAAACAUUUUGUCAUUGAUUUCACUCGUACAGCAUUAUUUUUCACUUAACCAUUUAUACACUGUAGUCCUUAUCAAAACAUAUGCGCUUCAGCAGCUCAAUUCUGUUUAAGUUUGAGUAUAACACAUCUCAGCAUUCUUUAACAUUUAUAUACUGGGGAUGUAAACAUUUUUGUACAUAUUUAAUAUUCUGUACAAAUCACAUUAUAAAGUUGCAUGAAUAAAUUUGGGGGAAAAAAACAGCGAGAGAGAUCCAUAUAUUGCACAAUGUUGAAAUAUAUGCUUUGUUAAUUCUAAAGGUGGAAGUAUUAAUUAAUUACAGUUGAAGAAAAGUUUCUGAAAACCACACUGCUGCACAUUUUAAUACAUAACAUGAGUGAUCUUGUGGUGUUAACUAAUUAGUCUAUAUUCAUAGCAGUGAUGGAGCGUUCUGGAGAUUGAAGAUUUUCCUAGGAUGACUUCACUGGAUGAUAGAACUACACAUAUAUUGCUGGUAGCAAUGCAAAAGGCUUCAUUAUCAAUAACAAACUGCUGAAAAGUCCAAACUUCAUCGUCAUCUUCCCAAUGGAAAAAAAAAAAAAAAAAAAAGAGUUCUGAGAUGAUGAUCACUAUAUCAGAAUUAAGGAAGAUAGUGGAAUCAGCUGGUCUCACACCAGCAUUAAGUACUGGCACAUAGUGGCCUAAGGCUCUCACAUAUGUAUUGCUGGCAUGUUCUUGUUUCAUUUCCUCUGUUUACCUUGAAACUGUUAAUCAUUCUGCAUUUCUUUCAUGGAUAGAUUAUAUUUGGUCGUUAGGUCUGAUUUUUAGCUAUUUUAUAUAUUUUUCCCCAUUGGAUUUACCAUAAUUCAUAAACUGUUUAAACCUUUCGAAGAUUUUCAUCUGGAAGGUAUGUCUUUCCCUUCAAAGCUGGUGACUAAAUAUGAUUGUUUUGGGUAGAUUGCCUCUAACAACUUCAUGCAAUGUUUAUUUUAUGUUAAAGCUGACUGUAAUGCUGAUGAUUGUGAAUUCUGUGUGAAGUACCUUAAACCAACCAAACCCAGAUAAAAACCGUAACAAUUUUAAUCUCCUAACAUACAAGUUACAAAAAACUCCCUUAAGAAAAAUAGAAUGUUAUGUUUGUUGAUUCAGCUUGUGUGUGUAUUUUGGUAGAAUACUUUUGUAUUCAAAUCCUAAUAGCUUUUAUGGAAAGUAAACAGCAGAAUCUCAAAUAUG